AUGUGGGCCGGACUGCUUCUCCGGGCCGCCUGCGUUGCGCUCCUGCUGUUGGGGGCCAUGGCCAGAAGCUACACUGGGAGAAAGCCACCCGGCCACUUCGCGACGGAGAGACGCCGACUGGGCCCCCACGUCUGCCUGUCGGGGUUUGGGAGCGGCUGCUGCCCGGGCUGGGCGCCCUCCAUGGGCGGUGGGCACUGUACCCUGCCCCUCUGCUCCUUUGGCUGUGGGAGUGGCGUCUGCAUUGCUCCCAAUGUCUGCUCCUGCCAGGAUGGAGAGCAAGGAGCCACUUGCCCAGAAGCCCACAGACCCUGUGGGGAGUACGGCUGUGACCUUACCUGUAACCAUGGCGGCUGUCAGGAGGUGGCCCGAGUGUGCCCCGUGGGCUUCCUCAUGACGGAGACAGCUGUUGGCAUCAGAUGUACAGAUAUUGAUGAAUGCCUGAGCUCUGCCUGCGAGGGCCAUUGCGUGAACACCGAGGGAGGCUUUGUGUGCGAGUGUGGGCCAGGUAUGCAGCUAUCUGCUGACCGCCACAGCUGCCAAGACACUGACGAAUGCUUGCGGACACCCUGCCAGCAGAGGUGCAAAAACAGCAUCGGCAGCUACAGGUGUUCCUGCCGUCCUGGCUUCCACCUGCACGGCAACCGGCACUCGUGUGUGGAUAUCAACGAGUGCCGAAAGCCGCUGGAAAGACGAGUUUGUCACCACUCCUGCCACAACACCGUGGGCAGCUUCAUGUGCACCUGCCGCCCUGGCUUCAGGCUGCGAGCUGACCGCGUGUCCUGUGAAGCUUUCCCGAAAGCCGUGCUCGCCCCGUCUGCAAUCAUGCAGCCCCGCCAGCACCCAGCCAAGAUGCUCCUGUUGCUUCCAGAGGCAGGCCGGCCUGUCCUGCCCCCUGGACACAGCCCUCCUCCAGGGGCUCCAGGGUAUCUUGCUGCUGGAGGCAGGACAACCCGCCCAGCAGCAUCUUCCACCCCUGUGUCCUCCUCUUCCGCCCCUCCAAGGCUGUUUGUCACCCCAACUGCCACCCCAGUGCCAAGUGCCUCCCUGUUGGGAUCCCUUAGACCUCCCUCUUUCCUCCAGGGGGAGGCAGUGGGGACCUUGCCUUCCCCCAGGGGCCCAGAGGCCUCAAGCCUGGCAGCAGGGCGCCCUCCCUGCUGGCACCUGGGAGUUGUGUAUGAAUCAGGAAGCCACUGGACAGAGGCCAGAUGUUCCCAGUGCAGGUGCCAGGAUGGGGAGGUGACCUGUAGCAAGGUGAGAUGUGAAGCUGCUUGUUCCCACCCGAUCCCUCCCAGAGAUGGGGGCUGCUGCCCGCUGUGCACAGGCUGCUUUCACCAUGGUGUCAUCCGUGCUGAAGGGGAUGUCUUCUCGCCUCCCAACGAGAACUGCACUGUCUGUGUCUGCCUGGCUGGAAACGUGACCUGCAUCUCCCCCGAGUGUCCUCCCGGCCCCUGCCAGGCCUCCCCACAGUCAGACUGCUGUGCGUGUGUCCCAGGGAGAUGCUACUUCCAUGGCCAGUGGUACGCAGAUGGAGCCGUGUUCAGCGGGGGUGCUGAUGAGUGCACCACCUGUGUCUGCCAGAAUGGGGAGGUGGCAUGUUCCUUCAGGCCUUGUCCAGACCUUGCCUGUCCCCGAGAAGAAUGGUGGCUGGGCCCUGGACAGUGUUGUUUCACCUGUCGGGAGCCCAGGCCCAUCACAGGCUGCUCUCUUGAUGACAACGGGAUUGAGUUUCCGAUUGGACAGAUCUGGUCGCCUGGUGACCCCUGUGAGUUAUGCAUCUGCCAGGCAGAUGGGUCGGUGAAGUGCAAGAGGACAGACUGUGUGGACUCCUGCCCUCACCCGAUCCAGAUCCCCGGACAGUGUUGUCCAGACUGUUCAGCAGGCUGCACCUACACAGGAAGAAUCUUCUACAACAAUGAGACCUUCCCAUCAGUGCUGGACCCCUGCCUCAGCUGCAUCUGCCUGCUGGGCUCAGUGGCCUGUUCGCCCAUGGACUGCCCCAUCACCUGUACCUACCCUUUCCACCCUGAUGGGGAGUGCUGCCCAGUGUGUUGGGACUGCAACUACGAGGGCAGGAAGGUGGGGAACGGCCAGGUGUUCGCCUUGGAUGACGAGCCCUGUACCCGGUGCAUAUGCCAGCUGGGUGAGGUGAGCUGUGAGAGGAUCCCCUGCCAGUGGGCCUGUGUGGACCCCACCCUGCUGUCCGGGGACUGCUGUUCCUCCUGCCCAGAGGUCCUGUUUGCGGCGGAGGAACGGCAGGGCCCAGUCCCUCACAGAGACGGAGCCGUGGAUCUGGAUAAAGCCGCUCGGAGUCCCCGGGGAGACGCCACUGCCCCGGUCAACUGCACCUCCAGUCCGGGUCCACCCCCGGCCCUGCCGGCCCGAUCCACGCUCCCUCUCCUGCAGCGCCUCUUGGGCGCAAACUCUGACGCGCACGCCUCACCUGGCCGCCCCUCAGGAGCUCCGGCGUCCAGCUCACCAGCUCUGGGACCCGAGGGGUCGACUCGGGGAGAACCCGGGCGCUCCCAACCCCCUCCGCUCUCCCCAAGGCCUUCAGUGCCUCCAGGCGCCUCCACGCCCCCUCCGGCCCCUCCGGGGGCCCCGUGGCCACCUCCUGUCACUCCUGCACGGGGCCCCGCAGCCUCGUCGGGGAGCCGGACAGUGUCCAGGCGGUCCACCACGCUCCCGACCCAAGUGGCGGCCCUUUCCACGCUGGGCCCCUCGGAGGCGUCCACACGCCCGCUCGGGCCUCGCGGACUCUCAGCCGCCACCUCCAGACUCGCAGCAGCUGCUCCGGCCUCCGCCCGCCCUCGUGCCCAGCCGCCCUCAGAGAAGACUCCGAGGGGCGAGGACGCCAUGUUGUGA